AUGGUUGACAUUAUAUACGUGUCACUAAUCCUCCUCCUAUGUUUUCAUUUUUUCCCCAUUGAGCUUUUCACUUCUACGCUUCAACCUCUCUCCCUAUCUCUCUCCUCCAUUGAAGCGUACUCUGAGUUCUCCAUUGAAGCGUACUCUGAAUCUUCUCUCCUCCAUUGAACAAGUUUCUGAGGGCUUGAUGCUGGUUGCUUUGGUGGCAUUUUGAAUGAAUAUUGGAGCUUAAUGGCAAACUAUUUGGGCAAAGGCGUUCCCACAAAUGGGUCUAUCUAUGUUUGUAACUUACCUGAAGGGACUGAUGAUAACAUGUUGGCUGAAUUCUUUGGCACCAUUGGAUUGAUUAAGAAAGAUAAAAGAACUGGUCAACCGAAGAUAUGGUUAUACCAUGAUAAGGUGACAAACGAACCAAAGGGUGAUGCAACAAUCACCUAUGAAGAUCCACAUGCUGCAGCAGCUGCUGUCGAAUGGUUCAAUAAUAAAGAGUUUCAUGGAAAUGUAAUUGGUGUAUUUAUAGCACAGUCCAAGAAUAAGGGUGAUGCAGUGGAUGCAGGUAUACCUGCUGCUGCCCCCGCCGCUGUCCCUGGUGAUUUUAUUGAACCCAUUGGAGAUGUGGUGGACCUGAAUGGGGCUGGAGGAAGAGGUAGAGGGCGGGGUGAUGCUUCUGGAAAAGCAUGGCAACAGGAUGGUGAUUGGAUGUGUCCAAAUACAAGUUGUACCAAUGUGAAUUUCGCUUUUCGUGGUGUUUGCAAUCGAUGUGGAACUGCCCGGCCAGCUGGUGCCUCUGGUGGUGCUGGGGGUGGUGGUAGAGGAAGAGGUCGUGGAGCUACUGAUGCUGCAGGUCAUGCACGAGCUGCAACUGGUCCAACAGCUGGACUAUUUGGUCCAAAUGACUGGUCUUGUCCCAUGUGUGCUAAUAUUAAUUGGGCAAAACGUACAAAAUGCAACAUUUGCAACACUAACAAACCUGGUAUCAGUGAGGGUGGUGUAAGGGGAGGACGUGCUGGUGGCUACAAGGAACUUGACGAGGAAGAGUUAGAAGAGACAAAGCGACGCCGGCGUGAAGCUGCAGAAGAUGAUGGAGAGCUGUAUGAUGAGUUUGGUAAUCUCAAGAAAAAGUUCCGUGCAAAAACUCAUGAAGCUGACACAGGAAAGGUGCUUCCAGGAGCAGGGCGUGCAGGAUGGGAAACUGAGGAACUAGGUGUGGCUGACAGAGACCGUGAGAGGAGCAGAGAUAGGGGGAGAGAUCAUGAUGACAGAGACAGUAGGAGCAGAGAGCGUGAUAGUAGGGAUCGGCACCAAAGCAGAAGCAAAGAGAGGGAUAGAGGAAGGGAAUAUCGGGACAGAGACUAUGAUUAUGAUAGGGACCGAGAUUACAGCAGAGACAGGGAUCGUUAUAGAUACCGAUAACAUUAUUAGCUGAUUGAUCACACUUUAUGAUUCUGGUUGGUUUAACAUGAAACCAAAGCUUGCACUGGUUUGCAUAUGCCAUAGCUCGCUAUAGGUAGAAACUUUACUUGCUUAUUGGAUUUCUUAUGGAUGUUUGCUAUGUGGAAACCCAAGUUGACAAAUCACAUUGUUUUUGACGUGGUCAUUAUCUGUUUUUGCAUCAUGAUGUGAUGUCAUUUUUUGUUUGAGGGUGGGGAGGAAUUGAAGACGGGAAAAAGUCCUAUUGAAUGUAUGGAUUGAAUUAGUGGUUUAUUUUCCUGUAUUGUAUGCA